AUGGCGGAUUUGAAGGCGGACAUGGCUUCUUGCGCAGUGUGUGUAGCACGCCAAGUGUGUCAGAGCAGUCAGCGGCCGGGUGACGUCACGGGUGACGUAGCCGAGCGGCCGCAGACGGAGCGGACGCUUCGCUUCCCGGUUUCCGGCGGCCGGCGCGGCGGUUCCUUAUCUCGCGGUGCGCUGUUCCGAAGGAAGCGGGCCCGCCAGUCGUCGUCAGUCUGGGCGAGGACGUCGCCAGGGAAGCUCGCGUGCGUUCACUCGGUCAGUCGAGCAGCAGGUGUUGCGACGGCGUUGCCAGCUCCAGCAGUCAGCGGGACAGAGAGUAAAGCUGAGAGCGCCAUAAUGGGAGGCAAGCAGAGCAAGCGGUCGGUGGACAUCACGACGACGCCGAAGAAGGGCGAGGUGGACGGCCAGCCGCUGGAAGGGCGUCUGGAGAAGAUCGAAGACGGCGGCGACGCGGGCGCCAUCAAGCCAGCACAGGCCAACGGCGACACCCACGCCCCGUCUGAGGGCGCGCAUGAUGGCGAGGUGAUGGUGAACGGGUCGGAGGCCGUGGUGGACGAGGAUGGCGACGCUGCACCCUCGGCGCCGGCCGCAAAAGCCGACGGGGACGAGAACUCCGUGUCGGCCGCGGAGCCAGAAGCGACCGUGAACGUCAACGGCACCGACGCCAAGGAGGCGGCGGCGGACGGCGACAGCAAGGAGGGAGCCGACGCGGCCACCUCCCCCGCGGAGGACAAACCGAAGGGCAAGAAGGAAAAGGGCAAGAAGGACAAGAAGGAGAAGGAAAAGGACAAGGGCAAGGACAAGGAGAAGGACAAGAGCAAGCCGGUGGCCAGGAAGUUCUCGCUGAGGAACCUGCUCAGGGGCAAGCAGGACGCCGCAGAGCCGCCCAAGGAGAACUCGGUUGCAGAAGAGAAGACUGAUGGUGCUAGCACAGCAGAAAUGCCAGCAGACACAGCUGCACCACAGGCGGAUUCGUCAUCGGUGGAAGUGAAAGUGGAAGUCAAAUCAGAAGUACCAUCUUCACCAGAAGCAAAAGGACCAGAAGUUUCGGCUCCAAAUGAGGCACCAGCCCAGGAAGCUAGUGCAACAGAAACAAAUUCAGAAAUUAAACUGGAGAAAGAGGAGCCAGCUAAAGUUGAGGAAGUAGCUCCAGCAGUUCCUUCAAAUCCACCACCUGCUGAAGAACCAAAAUCUCCUCAGCCACCGGUCGAGGUGAAGGUCGAAGCAGCAUCUCCCGAAGCGCCAGUGCUAGCAGCAGCUGCCUCUCCUGUAGAAUCUGUUGAAAGCACAAGAGAGGUCGUUCCCCCAGUUGAGACAUCACUGCCUGCAGCACCGGCUUCCCCCACACCAGCUUCCCCAGUACCAGCUAAGACAGCAGAAGGACCCCAGAUCCCGCCAGAGGUGGCUGUGUCGCCAGUCUCAGUGGCUCAGCCUGAAUUAGCAGAUAGCCCAGUUCCAGAAGCAAAGGUCUCCUCUGAAGUACCAGAGGUUCCAGCAGCUGUAGAGCCUCCGUCAGUUAUCCCUCCUGUGCCAACAACUCCGGAACCACAGCCACUUCCACAGGAAGAUAAGCCAGAGAAUUCUCCUGCACCAGAAGCACAAGCUACUCCCACACCUGCUGCCGCCGCUGCCACAACUGAUAAUGUCGUACAGUCAUCAGAAAAUGUUACAGUUGUGGCCGUAGAUUCAGCAGCAGUACCUGCUGAAGCAGAUUCUGCAGUUGCCUCAACAGACUCUGGUACAGACACGCAGGCUAAACCAGCAGCGGAAUAGGACUGAAGAAUCUGUGUUGGGACUAGAGGUACUAAGUGCGCCUAAGUGAAUGGUGGUGUGUGUGGCCAGUCAAGUAAUGGAACAUAUGCUUGUGCCUUUUCUACACCAUCAGUGGCAUCUAAUUAUUUUAGCCACGAAAAGUUCACCAGAGGACCAAGACAAAGCAGGCACUAAUGUGAUGCCGUAUGUAAUUAAAUCUGUAUUGAAGUUAAAAAAAUACUCUUACUUGACAUUCUCCUUCCAAAGCAUUAUCACAAUAUAUUUACAUAACAUGUGUUACAAAGAGAAGUGGUUUCAUGCUUGUGAUGUAAAAAUUUUUAAAGAUAUGGAGACAGCAUUGUGGACGAUAUGCAGUUUGUAAAAUAUUGUAGGCAAGAUUGCGAGAUUUGUUUCUCAUUGUAGUUCAGUAAGUGGGGGAGUGGUUCUUUCAGUGGAUUCGAAUGUAGAUCUGAGUUGCGUCAGUUAUCUUACAUCACACAGGAAGCAAAAUUUGAUAAAUUUCUGGAUAAUUUUUAAAAAAAUUAUGGAAAUAUUUUCUUAAGAUUUUGUAUUAUUAUCUGAAGUUUUGUAUGAAUUUUUCUGAUUUGUAGAUUUAGAUUUAGCAAAUAAAGAAUAUUUUUACUGACAUCUAAAUUUCAGAAAUUAAAUUUAUGAAUUGUGCAGUUUUUACAUUACCUUGAGAUCUCUAUAUUAUAUAUAAAUAUAUAUUUCUACAGUGUUUUAGCAUAUAAUUUAUAUUGUACUACAUUUGUAUAUCAUUGUAUUGAAAGUCUGUGUAUAUUAAGCAGCUGCAGAACUGACCAAGCUUACACAAUUGGCAGCUACAUUGCAGACCUAUGCAACGAAAUUAAGUGCACAAAACCUAGUGUCGUCAAGUUGUGCAUUUGUAUAACGUGAUAUUAUCUUGAGAAUUUUUUCCCAUUUCAUCUUUUGUACACAUUGUCGGCCUUCAUCAUAUGUGAAAGUAUUGUUUGGCAAACUAUGAGAGUGUAAAAGUCUGAUACUAUAUUUUCAGCAUUGGAUUUGUGUACAGUUCUUAGUUUAAAAUGUUUUACAGCAUUGAUAUGUAAUAAAUAUUCCCCUUUAUAUUUGAGUAUUCAUUCCCUUGUUUUGCUUUGAAUCAAUAGCAUAAGUUAUAGUGGUGCUUUGAAAGCAAUUUCUCUGUAUUGUAAAAGUAUACAUUAAAAUCUGGCAAAAUUC